AUGAGGCACGGCAAAUUUGAUAGCGACGACGAUGAGUCUGGCGACGAGAUCACCAUCAAUACUCAACUUCGGAGCUCGAUAGACGGUGAUUCUGUGAACAGCCAUGAGGAGGAUGACGUGCUCCCAUCAACUAUCGCUUCCUCUGAGGCCCAGAGUGAUAGCAGGAGACCGGUUGCCUGGAGCGAGCUUCCCAGAAAAGACCAGCUUUUGAUCAUAACAAUGGCGCGGAUGAGCGAACCGCUUGUUCAGACAUCAUUACAGGCCUACAUGUUUUACCAGCUCAAAUGGUUCAACCCGUCGCUCCCCGACUCAACAAUCUCCAGCCAGGCCGGCGUUCUACAUGCCAGUUUCACAGCAGCCCAGUUUCUCACGGCCAUGAUGUGGGGUCGAAUUGCCGACUCGAAACGCGUGGGACGGAAAACAGUUUUGCUGAUCGGUUUAUUGGGAACGAGUGUGUCUUGUCUGGGAUUCGGAUUCUCAACUACGUUUUGGCAGGCGCUGCUGUUUCGGACCAUCGGCGGUGCUACAAAUGGUAACAUCGGUGUUAUGAGGACAAUGAUCAGCGAGAUUAUUCGCGAAAAGAAAUUUCAACCUCGAGCCUUCCUACUACUGCCAAUGACCUUCAACAUCGGCGUCAUUAUUGGCCCCAUUCUCGGCGGUAUCCUCUCCGACCCGGCCGGUAGUUAUCCUAGCCUCUUUGGCAACGUCAAAUUCUUCGUCAAGUUCCCCUAUGCAGCCCCCAACAUUGUCAGCUUUCUCUUCCUCCUGCUUGCCGCUAUCGCUGUCUGGCUGGGUCUUGAGGAAACACAUGACAUCCUAAGAGAUGGACCUCCGGAUUUGGGCACCAGGCUGGGGAAGAAGCUGAUGGUGAAAUAUCGAAAGAGGUUCGGGACAACGCCUGAGGCUGAGGGAUAUUCAUCGGUGCCGACAUCUGAUGUUGAGCUGCUUGGAGAGGAAGCUCCCUCCACAAGGAAGUCAACAAAGAGGUAUACCCAGCGACUGCCUUUCCGCCGCAUCUUCACACGCAACGUACUCGUCACGUUGGUUGCGCAAUUCUUCCUCACAUUCCAUGUCGGGACGUUCAACUCGCUCUGGUUCGUCUUUCUCUCAACGCCAACCUCCGAACGAGAGAUUCGACUACCCUUUUGGUUCACCGGUGGCCUCGGCCUGCAGCCUCGCUCCGUUGGUAUGGCCAUGGCCAUCUUGGGGUUUAUCGGUAUCAGCAUGCAGCUAUUUCUCUAUCCGAACAUAUCCGCACGUCUCGGCACCAUUAGAUCAUGGCGACUCUUCCUGCUCUUCUUCCCAGUGGCCUACUUCCUCGUGCCGUUCCUCUCUGCCGUGCCUAGUACCACGCCGCCGCCUGAAGCAAAGACUGGUAUUCUGAUUUGGCUUGCAAUCUGCGGUGUUUUGUUCUUCCAAGUAACUGGGCGGACGUUUGCGCUUCCUAGCCAAGUGAUUCUCGUCAACAACUGCUCGCCUCACCCCAGCGUACUGGGAACAGUCCACGGGAUAGGCCAGAGCGUUAGUAGUGCUGCCCGCACCAUAGGACCCAUGGUGGGAGGUGUGGUGUACGGUUUUGGUUUGAACAAGGGCAUCAUUGGCAUUGUCUGGUGGGCACUCAGCAGCAUUGCCAUCUGUGCGUGCUUGACAAGCUUGUUCGUGAAAGAAGGUGAUGGCCAUGAAAUUUGGCUCGAGGGCGAUGAGGAAGAUGAGCCGAGCGCAGAUCGAUAG